CACGUCAGAACGCGAGAUGUCAUUUGUUAUGAUCACAACAAAACUCUGCAUUAAGUUGAAUAGAUUAAUAUGUGCUUUUAAAUUUUAAAGUGUUAUUUUCACCGAAACGGCAGUGGGUUCUGCGGAAUCCCCGGCCAUCUUUUAGCUUUCGACGUUCUAUUAUGCAUUUUUGAACGCAUGGGUCAAUUUCAGUCCAUAGUCCAUCGUAGAAGCAGAAAUUCUCCGCAUCAGCUGAAAUCUUUCCCUGAUCUGAGUAAUUUUCCCCCCGAAGUUGCUGUGUCUGUUUUGUCGCACUUGAACGCAACGGAUCUAUGUCUUGCUGCUUGUGUUUGGAAGCAUUUAGCUGACAAUGAACUUCUCUGGCAAAGGUUUGUGAUUUCCAAAACUGUAGUUUGUGUUCUGCUAGCAAAUUUACGUUGAAAGGCGCGCUUUCUUUUCGAUCAGACAUUGUACUUUGUGAUUAUAUAAGUUUAACUGGAAACACUAUUUUAAACGCUGUUGUAAUUUAUCUUAAUUAAGCCCGUUUUUAGUUUUUAUCCUUUUUGUAAUAUGGAUUUUAUACUUUUAGUUAAUACUUUUCUGUGGUCCUAAUCGCAUUAAUAGCGUUUUCAAGAACCAACGUUUUGUUUGGUGCAUGCCUCCUUCGAGAUAAACUUUGGAAGUACAUGUACCAAUAUUAUUUGAAAUCGAAAAUCAAAUUAGAAAUUUAACCAGUCUUAAUAUCCUCAGAGCACAAACUCAUCAGUGAUGAGAUGUUUUUUAUCCAAUCAAAAAAUGUAACAAAAACUCAGAGGGCUCUCUAGCAUCUCCACAAAGUGUUCAUUCCUUUGCCGAAAUUGCUGUUUGUUGACAGAUUUAUCAUUACUCACGAAAUAUGUAUUACGUGUCCUACGAACAAUAUAAUGCGGCACAGCAAAUUGAUAAAUAAGCUAGUUAUCUUUUUGAGCUGCCCUUAGUGUGUAUGAAUAAUUGAUCAUUUUAGGUACUUAUUAGGAAGAAUUUAGCAACUUUGUUGUUAUUUUUGCUUUCAAUUCAGCCUGUCAAAAGUUACAUGGGGAUAUGCUUCAGCAUAUAACAGGAAGCAUCAGGUAAGCUGUGUGAUUGCCAUCUUAUUAUCGAGAACGAAGUGAAUGUCCAAAUAUUUAAUUGCUUUUAUCUAGUACCACACAUCAUAGUAGUUGACCACGGCAACUUGUGAUUGUUGACAUUUACAGCCCUGUAUUGUGCCUCCAGGGGUGAAGCCAGGAUUUGCAAAGGGGGUCACACUCAGUGUUAAAGAGAGGGUACUCACCAGUUUUUACCACUUAGAUAUUGUGGGUUGUUUGCUUUAAAAAAGGCCCACAAAGGGGGGUUCAUGGGAAGGACCCCCACAAGCAAUACCCUUGCCUUCUUGUUGAAAACAGUAGGGAUCAAUGGAAAUUUGACAUGUUAAGUUUGUAAUUGGAAGAACUUAGUGUGCAUACUUACAGUGCAACUUAGCCCCUUGAACAAAUGUACCUAGUAGCUGAAUAAAAUUGUGCCUGGUCCAGCUGUCCUGAUUAGGAAAAGAACCUUUGAGUUUGAAUUUGAUCCUAAGCUGAUAGCUUUGACUCUGUUGAACUCACUUGACAAGACUGAAUGCUGGCAUAAACUGUUGAUUGCAGCAUAAGACUAAACAUGCACAAGCAAAUAUCUCAUUUGUACUUAAAUGUACUUGGAAGUUGGAACUCAAUAGUUAAAGAAUGAAGUUGAAAUUUUUUUCUACCGCCAGGGAAAGAUUUCCUUCAAGGAACUGUACAUGUUGCUAGAUGAGGGAACUUGCCUCUUUAAUUUUGAUCCACAUCAGGUUGGUGCACCUAUUUCAUGUGAUUAUGUAAAAUUUUUGUUUGUCCAUUAUUUUAAGCUUGAUCUUAAUAUCAACAGUCCAUAUUUGUGUGGGUUUUUUGUAGUAGUUGUAUUUGACUAACAAUUUUUUUUUUUCCAAAUAUCAUUUUCCCUCACAUUUUUGGCUUAUAAAUUAUUGUUCAGACUCUUAGUUUGACUACUUGUAAACCUUUUGGAAAGGGAAUUGUCUGAUCAUGAUUAAUUAGCGACACAAUUCUUUUAAUUCAAGUUCAGUUCUGUAAAUUGAAUCAAUAUGUGAAGUUAUAUUGUAUUUGUUUUUCACUGAGAGACUCAUGAAUCAAUAUUUUAAAAUAGUUUUUUCUCAUACUAGUAUCAAACAGCAAGGCACUGUUUUCUGUUUGUACUUGUUUUCCCUCAGAGCUAUUUUUGGGUGGCAAAAAUUUACAGUUUGCAUGAAUCAGAAGUGAGUUACUGGCAUCCUAUAACUCUGUAACCCUUAAGAGUGACUUGCAUCUAAUUUUUCCCUACAAUAUCACUACUAAGUCACACAUUAAGGUCAUGAGAAUUAAGGAAAUGAUCACCAACAGAAGAAGCUCUUGAAUAUUAAACAAGUUCUCCUUGUCAACAACUUAGGAAAUGUUUAGAGAACAGUAUGAAGAACAUACAUACUGAUGUUAGUUUUUAAAGGGUUAAAAGAAUUGUCCAAGUACUAGUAGAGGACACCCAAAUCAUUUGUGUGAUAGUUAAGCACUUAGCUUACCUAAGACUGAAAUAUGGUUACGAUGUUAUGAAUAGUACCAAAAAAGUGUUGAAACAUACUGUUUAUCUUUUCUAUUUCAGGGAAUAAGUUAUCUAGUGAGACAUAAUGUGUUGGAUGAUUCAUGUACAGAGAUAGGAAAGUUCAUUAACUGCACUAGUACUCUUUAUGGAAAGUCUGUCAGUGAGUUUCUUGAUACAAGGUAAGAGCGAAAAGGAUCACUAAACACUCAUAGAAGAUAAAUGGUUUGUGCCAUUUCCAACUGUUUUUACAAGUCUCUAUUUAUUUCUACCAUUAAAAAUCUCAUUUUUCAUUACCUUUUUGUAGAAGAGAUGUCUUGCAAGAAAUUGUUAACAUGCAGCAUUAUGAAGGGGUAUUUUUGCCUGUGGCACUAAGGUAAAUGGUAAUGAUGAUUCACAAGCGCUACAGUUCAAACUGAUUUUAAACUAGACUUACUUGACAGACAAUCAAUUCCUUACUUGAAAAUCAAUUCAUUACUUAACUCUGAUGAUGAUUUCCCUUCAGAUUGAUGUCAAAACAUCAAUCACUUAUGCCAACAAUGAUUUUUAUCUGGACAACUCUUACCUGAUCAAAAUAGGUCACACAUUCACACUUGAAAUUACUGGAAAGCUUUAGGCUGUGCGCCAGUAGAUAUGAACCUCUUUUUGUAAUUUCAGGCAGUUUUUUGAAAGAGUUUAUCCCCCAGAACAGAGAGGAGAAUUCUUAGACACCCUUUUGAACAAGUUCUCUAUUCAGUUCUGUGCUACAAAUCCUAGCACACCCCUAACACCAGGUUAGUAAUCAUUCACCUAUGGUUUGCCUCUUUCUACUUACAUCAACUUACAGUCACCUGUCUCUCUGUAUCUCCCUCUCUCUUUCUUUCCCUUUGCACUUUCUCCAGGCUGUUCCUGCUGUCUUUAUUCUAAAGCUUUUCUUUUUUCUCUUGACUUUCCCUACCACUUUCAACCCUUCGUCAUCUUUUCUUUCCCUCCUUUCUUGCUUGUCCUCAAUAAGUUUUGUGGCUCUUUUUCAUUUGUCCCAUUUUUGUAAUUAAAUUUCUCCUCCUUACUCAUGUUUCUUCUGAUUCACUGUGCUAAUGGCUCUAAGCCUACCAUCAGACCUCACUUGUCUGUGGAGGGACAUGGGGGAGGAGUAGCAGGAGGGGUGGCAAGAGGGGAGGGAGGAUAGGUAGCAGGGGUUACAUGAGGUGAAAGAGGAACUGGAGGUCAGCAGAACUUAAGGUAGGUAAAGGCCAAAAGGCAACAGAGGUAGGAGAGGCAAGAGCGGGAAGCAGCCUUUCUCAUCUCCCUGUCCUCUCCCCACCCCUUUUAAAUGUUGCCAGUCACUUUCAGUGUAACUGUUUGUCUACCUCCUUUGCAAGUUGUCUUCUCCGCUGUUUGUGUCCCCCUCCUGUAGCUUGCUCUGUUGUCACUGCCAUAUCAUUAGGUAUCUGCCUUCAACAUAUUCAUUGUCUGAUAGUUUGUGUUCCUCUUUUCCAGAGAGUGUAUUUAUUCUAUGCCACUCACUAAUUCUUCUCAGUGUGGAUCUGAGCAGUCCCCAUGUGAAGAACAAAAUGACAAAGAGAGAGUUUGUCAAAAACUUGCGUGGUCUCAUUCAAGGGCCUGGUACUGAGUUUCUCGGUGAUCUCUAUGAUAAUGUGUAUUUAGAGGGACACAUUGCUUUGAAGGCCAAGAAGUGUGUGCAGAAAACGACCUUUCCUUUUGAGAGGCCUUAUGGGAAGAUAUUUUUACAUAUGUAGUAAUUUAAUUAGUAAGAAACAAUUUAUUUAAAUCAAGUGUUUGUACUCUUUUAGGUGAAAUUGUUAGAAUAACGUUUUCAAGGAGAAAAACUUAAUAGAUUAUUGAUCAGCACAAAAUAACCUGAGUUCAACCCAAUUUUUGCAAUUUACUCCAAGAGUUUUUUUAUGGUUGGAUUCUCUCCAUAGUGUCAUCUGCCUCAAGAAAGGUUAAGUGAAGAUAUGUAUGCCAGAUAUAUUGUUUCAUAUAGUCGAAAGGGCAUAGAGUGGAUUUUUAAACUCAGAUUCUUUCAGGAUAUGAAGAUGGAGAGAAAGAAAGAACCUGAAUGGUUGUUUAAAGAUUUUCAAUGUAAAAUCAAGGCAGUACUUAAGGCAGUGCAUCAUUUUCCUUCACAUCCUCUCUGAGUCAAAAUUGCUCCAACUUUAUGUUGUAAACAAAGUUUACAUUUCAUUUUACUUUAACUACUAAUAUGUAGAGGAACCUUAUUUCCAGUACUUACAAUUUGGCAUGCUUUAGUGUUAUUAAAAAUUGAUGUAUUUACAUAACUGUAGUGCUUAAUUUAUUUUUAAGAAAACUUGUGUUGUAAGAUGUGUGUUGGGUUGAAGAACUAAUUGUUUCCUGUACAAAGUAGACAAUAGCACUGAGUGUUUCAUAGUUUGAUAAGUACUGGAAAACUAUGACUGUAGUACUCAACAUGUGUGAAUAUAUAUUUAAAAUCAUUGCCUAAAUCUAAGCACUGAAUAGGAAAUUUGUUAUACAAGUUGUGAAAUAAUGUGUCCAUUAAGAUGAAAAUAUAUGUCAACAAAUCUUGUUUUUCUCUAAACAAGUUUGAGAAAGUAAUGUGAUGUAGCAAUAUCCAGAUUGUGAAAUAUCGCCACAAGAUGCAGACCAGAUGGCUUCAUUUUUUUUUUUUUUUUCAACCUUUCUAUUUUCACUUUUUGAAAGUAUGAAAUCUAUCUUACAUAUAUAGAGCCUGCGUUCGGUUGUUCAUGUAGUGUGUGAGUUUGUGUGCGUGCGUGUGUGCGUGGGGGUAUAUGCGUGCGUGCCUUCGUGCGUGUGUGUUUUUUUGUAAUUGAUUUUUAAUUCCAACGAACACCCUUUUAAUACCUUGAGGGAACACUACAGGUUGUGCUGGUGUUCAAUAUUUUUUUUAAUGUUGUGUAGACUGC